UAGAACCAUCACUAGAUCGCAAUCAUGUGACUUCCGCAUUACCUAUAAUAACCGAUCAGACUAACGCAACCGAGGAUUACGAAGAUAUGUAUUUUGAUGAUGAAUUUGAACAUGAUUUUACACCCCAAUCAGUGAAAGAAACGAAUGAAGAACUACCAAAGGUACCAGAAAAUGUAGAUGACAAUA